AUGAUCAGUAGGUGGUUGCUGCAAUUUUGCCUCAUGCUGCUCUUCUCCAGUGAAAUCUCAUGUCUGGACUGUAACCGGAUUUAUGUUCUACAAACCAGAAUGAACAGUGAGAGUUUAGAGCAUCUGGAGAAAAUGGGUGGAAACUUUCCCUUCCAAUGUCUAAAUGAAAGGACAGCUUUCAAGCCCAGAGAUAUCCUCAAGAUCCGACUGUCCCAGCAAGAGAAUGCCAAGGUAGCCAUCCAACAGAUCCUCCAAGAACUCUUCCAUAUCUUUAACAAUAAUCUCACCCAAGCUGCCUGGAAUGGGACUUCCAUAAAGGAAUUCCAAAAUGGUCUUCACCAGCAGAUUGAGAAGCUGGGGACGUGUUUGAGUGCUGAAAAAGGAAAGGAGAUAACCUACCAAGGAAAUGAGAACCUCCUGCUUACCAGCCUCAAACUGAAGAGAUACUUCCAAAUAAUAGACGAUUUCCUGAAAGAAAAGCAAUACAGCCAGUGUGCCUGGGAGAUUAUCCGUGCAGAAAUAUCCAGAUGUUUUCUAAUUCUUGAUGUACUGACAGAUCGGCUGAAAAAUGAAGCACGUGAUACUUCAGCUGAUGCUACAACUUUGGAUUUGUUAAAACAGUUGAAUCAAAUUGCACUGUGGAAUGGAAUCCCUCCUCCAUUGCCUCCGCCAACAGUGACUUCUGAGACUCCAUAA